UGGAAUUCAGUUAAGAAUUUCAUUUCAAGCUAAACAGAUUAGAAAAGCGCAAUGGAGAUUCGUUUUAUUUCGCCCUACUUAUUGCUGAUCCUUUGUGUGUGGCGAAUACACAGCUCCCCGGUUAUCAAAGAUGCUGCUGAGAGACAAGCAAAAGUUGAGGAAUUACAAAAGUAUUUCAAUAAGUCCGUGGAUCCCUGUGAGGAUUUCUACGAUUAUGUUUGUGGUAAUUAUGCCACCUACCAUCCGGCCACUUUGGAUGAGCCGGGUACUGGGAUGCUGGAAACGCUGCAAAGUAGAUUGGACGAGAAAAUUAAAACGAUUCUUGAAAGUGACAAUAAAGAUGAGAACGAUGCUGAUAAGAAAGUUAAGCGAUUCUAUCGGUCGUGUUUGCAGGUUGCUGAUUUGAAAGAUAAAUACCCUGCAAAGCUGAAGGAGAUCAUUAAAGAAUUUGGUGAAAUGCCCGCGUUGGUGGGUGAGGACAAGUGGAAGGAGUCGGACUUCGAUUGGCUUGAGGUGGUGGCUAAAAUUGUCCACCAAUAUGGCUUGUCAAUUUUGGUGAAAUUUGAAUUCUCCACAGAUUUUGUGAACAAUACCCUGAACCGUAUGUAUGUUUCGGAACAGGAUUUCGAUUUGCCACGCGAGUUGUAUGUGGGAGAAAAGGGGGAUGUGAUUGCUGAGCGAAUGCCUCCGGCUUAUGCUGGCAGAUUAAGUGAAUUUCUGGGCAUAGAGGAGGAUGUGGCUUUAAAAACGGCAACGGAAUUUUUGAAAUUUGAAAGGUCCUUGGCCCAGGCCAUGUUUGAUCAACACGCUGGAGAUAAGUUGAGUGAGACGUAUGUUUUGCAUAGCUUGGAUGAGGCCCAGGAGAAAUUUGCCCCUCAAUUUGAUGUGAAACGUUUUGUCGAAUUGGCCGUGGGCACAUUGCCGAAUUUGAAAAUCUACACCGACGAUGACUAUUUGGCCAAUAUGUUUGAGGCUAUAAAGACCACACCGCCCAAGGUCUUGGCCAAUUAUAUUUUCUAUCGCCUGGCCAAUGGCUUCAUUAUGGACAUACCAGAAACCAAAGAGGAACUGGAAGAGACCUGUCUGACACGCAUGAAAAAAUAUUUUUAUAAAAAUUUCGACAACAUGGUCUAUCGCAAAUACAACAGCCGGGAAACGGAGCAGGGCGUGCAGGACAUGUGGUCCCACAUCAAGGCCGCAUUCCAGAAACAGUUACAGUCUUCUCAUUUGAAUUGGUUGUCGGAGGAAACUCGGCAAUAUGCCUUGGAGAAGUUGAAGAGAAUGCGAUUGGAUAUUAUCUCCUUCAAGGAUACCAAUUUCUCUGAAAUUAUGGAUCCUUUGGACUUCAAGGCCGAGGAUUAUUUGGGUAAUCUCCAGAAAAUCUUAUCGGCCCAAGCUAUCUAUGAUCGUAGGCAUUUGGGCGAGAUGGCUAGAGAAAACGAUUAUGGGGAGACGCUUUCCACCACACCGUCCUAUAUUUAUGUGGAAAAUGCCAUCAAGGUUCCCGUGGCCAUGCUGCAACCCAGCUACGCCUGGUCAGCCUCAUUUCCGAAUGCCUUUAAUUUUGGUGUCCUGGGCUCGCUACUCUCCCACGAACUUAUUCAUGGCUUUGAUGGCGAAGGUCGAACCUUUGAUGCAAUUGGCAAUCAUCGCAAAUGGUGGGAUGAGAAUUCCAAUAAGCUGUUCAAAAAACGUUCCGAAUGUUUGAUUCAUCAGUACAAGGAUUUCGUUUAUGGCGGACAGAAUUUAUCGGAAAUGCCAAAUCAAGAUGAAAACAUAGCCGAUAAUAGUGGGGUUCGAUUGGCCUACAACGCCUAUUUGAAUUGGUACGACAAUACUGCCGAAGGGGAUAAAAAAUUAGAGAAUUUCUCUGGGAUGGAUUUCAAUUAUCGCCAGCUAUUCUUUACUAGUUAUGGUUAUCUUUGGUGUUCGGAUUUCUAUUCAAAACUUCGCACCACGCUGAUGGCUAUCGAUAUCCAUGUUCCGGAUAAGUUUAGAGUUCUUGGGCCCCUAUCGAAUUUCGAGGAGUUUGCCAAGGAAUUUAAUUGUCCUGUGGGUAGUAAAAUGAAUCCGGCAAAGAAAUGUGAAAUUUAUUGAAAAAAAAAAACUGUUUUUGUGAUAACAUUUUUUGAAGAGAAAAUAAAGAAAUAUAAAGAUUUCGUUUUUAAAUUAAAAA